AUGUACAUUUUACCUCGCGCGCUCGGUACUGGCAACAAUAACAGCCCAAACUUGGCUCCUUCGACAUGGGUACCCGUCGCGGUCGUCAUUGGCGUCUUGCUCGUUCUGAGCACAGUUGUGUGCUCGCGGCGGCUGCGAAGUCGGAUUCCUGGCCUAGCCAACUCUGCCAAUGCCGCCUCGACUACCACCGCAACAGGAACUCGGGAAUUGACGGCCGAGCAACUUGCUGGAACUAUAAACGCCAACCCAACUGCUCCGCCAAGGCGGACACGCCGACCACGCCGAACACCGUCCCAGAUUAGCACGGUCUCGUUGCCUGCUUAUAUGAAAGAGCCAGGCGAACUCGAGCUUGUCGUUACAAGAGGGCCAGACGAAGAAGAUGUCACGAUACCGCCACCCAGUACCGUUGGUCAUGAUGAGCAGGAGGGUGGAGAAGAAGAAGAAGAAACUGCCGCCAGUCAAAGACGACAGUCAACUGUGGAUAACUCACGAUAUUCGCCCAUGCCUCAGUCUCCUCAUGACACUCCCUUGCUCGGCCCUGACCCACGUGGAGAGGCACCUGCAUACUUCGAGGUUGUUGACAAUGACCAUUAUCCCCCACCGGGCAUUUCGGCCACCGAUACUCCCCCCGAAGUGUCAGAACCCGAGCCUGCUGUCGUGCCCCAGCGACGUUCUGGCUUCUUCUCCAUGUUUAGGCCAGCGCCAACGGCCGUUUCCCUUCCCACUCCUGGCGAGAGUUCAGCCAAUUUGUCACUUACUCAUACCCGUACAAGGUCAACGACUCAUAGUACUCAUUCUCCUGCUUCUCCUUCCACACCGCUUCCUUCCAGCUCACGCCAUCGCCCAUCAACAUCGACAUCGACACUAUUCUCGCUCAGACGGAAGAAGUCGAGCCAGUCGCUAUCAGCGAACAACCUUACUUCCCCAUCACUCAUCUCCUUAUCAUCAAUCUCUUCUCCGCUCCCGCACACCCUCGUCAAGACCGAGUUCACGUCACUGCCCAAGGCAGGGCUGACGCCAGAGCAGUUCAAGAUGAUCUCUGGGAACAAGGAUGGAGGAUUGAACAGAUUUGGGGUACCUUUUGGUGAUGUCGCUGUGGCGUAUGCCCAAGCUAGUGCAAACGCUAGUCGUGUUGGUCUUGGACUCGAGGACGAUGAGUCCGAGCCACCUCGUUGGGAGGAAGUUGCUGGUCCGUCAACGCUUCUUCCUGAACCAUCAACAGUUGUUUCUGAAGCUGGUGAAGUGCUGGAGUCCAGUCAGCAACUAGAACUCUUUACAACGGUCUCUUCCCGUGCUAGUGGGCAAACCUUCGCGACUGCCCAGGAGUUUUCCGAUGAAUCCGAAUCACCUCCCACAGCCGGACAUGCACAGGAAGCCACUGACGCGACUAUCCGGCCAUGA